GCUCAGUAUUAUGGCGAGAUUGGCAUCGGGACCCCCCCACAGAAGUUCACUGUGAUCUUUGACACUGGCUCCUCCAACCUCUGGGUGCCAUCUGUGCACUGUUCCAUAAUGGACAUCGCCUGCAUGGUGCACCACAAGUACGACUCCUCUAAAUCCAGCACCUUCGUGAAGAACGGCACCAAGUUUGCUAUCCGCUAUGGGACAGGGAGCCUGUCUGGGUACCUCAGCCAGGACACAGUCACGCUCGGUGACAUGAAAAUCAAGAAUCAGGUCUUCGGGGAGGCCGUGAAGCAGCCAGGCAUGACAUUCAUUGCUGCCAAGUUCGACGGCAUCCUGGGCAUGGCAUUCCCAAAGAUCUCCGUGCAACAGGUCAUGCCUUUUUUUGAUAACAUCAUGCAACAGAAGCUGAUUGAGAGAAAUAUCUUCGCUUUCUACCUGAACAGAGACCCCACAGCUGUGCCCGGUGGUGAGCUGCUCCUGGGAGGGACUGACCCCAAGUAUUACACCGGCGACUUUGCCUGGGUCAAUGUCACACGCAAGGCCUACUGGCAGAUCCACAUGGAAUCGGUGCAAGUUGCCGAUGGGACAACUCUCUGCCAAGGGGGCUGUGAAGCCAUUGUGGACACAGGAACUUCACUCAUCACUGGCCCCAGCGAAGAGGUGAAGAAGCUACAGAAGGCCAUCGGUGCAAAACCACUCAUGAAAGGCGAGUAUGUGAUCCCCUGUGAUAAAGUGCCAGACCUGCCUGUCAUCACAAUGAUGCUAGGAGGGAAGCCCUACAACCUCACAGGAACCGACUAUGUCCUCAAGGUUUCUUCACAAGGAGAGACUAUAUGCCUGAGUGGCUUUUCAGGUCUGGACAUCCCACCCCCUGGGGGCCCACUCUGGAUCCUGGGAGAUGUCUUCAUUGGUCCCUACUACACCGUCUUUGACCGUGAUCACAACUCUGUUGGCUUUGCCAAAAGUGCCUGAACACCUGACUCCCACUGCCUCCGCCCCACAAACACUUAUACACACACGGGAGCUGUAGAGAAAGGUUACCAAUAUUAGAAACCCAG